AUGUCUGCGAAAGCUGCAGGAAAAGUUGAGAAUGGCGUAAUUAAACAUACGAAAGAGAGUGAAGCUGACAAGAGAAAAAAUGCUGGACAUAGUUAUAGGAGGAAGAGAGGGAGACGGUCAAAGGCAGAAAAAUCAGUACCUGCAGAGAAGGCAACCAGUCUUGAAAUUACCGCCAAAUCAUCCCAUAAUGAAAAUGCAGAGAAAAAAUUCAAAUUGAGAAAUGCCUUGAAGUUGCAAAGAAAAGCCGAAAUUGACCAAUUGUGCCAUUUGGCUGGGUCAGAUAUUGUAAUGUUAAGGAAAGGACAAUAUGUCACGACCUACUCGCUAACGUUUAUUACCACUGAUCAAGAUCAGAAUCAAAAGAAAGUGAAAUGUGUUUUCAACAUUCCGGUCGAUUAUCCUCAAUCCGCCAUAAAGCUAAGUAAACCGAAAGACUGUUCUUCAGAUGACCCGUUAUCACGAAUUGUAAACAAUUUCAAUUAUAAAUCAAAAGCUUUACUCAAAGAUAAACAGCCGCUAGUUAUACAAUUAAACUAUUUGGUUACCAACUGGAAUUCUUUGCAGUCUCCGGAGUAUAUAAAUAGGGACACGGUACAGAAGAAUCUGAUGUCAAAACUCUCUGAUUGA